CGCAGCCGCACGCCACGCGCCGCACCGAUGGCGGCGAAAGCGCACUGGCACGGCGGCAGGACACGAGGGCGAGAUGAUUAAAAAUGCCGUGGCCUCGGUGGUGAUGAUGCGCCUCCACCACCUGCCCCGCGCGGCGCCCGCUCCCAGUCCCACCUACCGCCGCCUGUACCACCACCACGCGCUCCUUCCGCUCCCGCUCCCUCUCCCGCGGCUGCGAGCGGCCGCGUCCGCAUCGGCCUCGCUGCACCCCGUCGCUGCCAUGUCGACGGCAGUGGAGCAGGCGGUCGCCGACCGGAAGCGCGCGCUACGCGCCGAGGUGCGCAGGGCGCUCAAGGCCAUCUCCCCCGAACAGCGCGCCAGCGAAGAUCUGGCUAUUCAAAGCACAAUUUUGAACUCUUCUUGGUUCAAAGCAAGCAAACGGUUGUGCGCUUAUAUAAGCUGUGCACAAUUGCGAGAAGUUGAUACAUCAAAAAUACUAGCAGAAUGUCUAUCUUCAAAUCCUGGACAAGAGGAACAGGUAAAGCAUCUUUAUGUUCCUCGAGUGGAGGAUAAGAACCGCAAUAUGCGGAUGCUCAAAAUCACCACCAUGGAUGAUUUAGUUAAAAAUUCAAUGAACAUUCUGGAGCCAUCACCACAGGAUGCUAGCGGGAAUGAUCGUGAAGAUGUAUUAUCAGCCUCUUCCCCUAUUGAUCUGUUUUUAUUGCCUGGACAAGCUUUUGAUAGAACUGGUCGAAGACUAGGGCGUGGUGGAGGGUACUACGACACAUUCUUGCUGAAAUAUCACGAACUUGCUAAAGAGAAAGGGUGGAGUCAGCCUCUCUUAGUUGCUCUUUCAUACUCGGUGCAAAUUAUGGAGGAAGGAAUCAUCCCAGUCAACUCAACGGAUGUUCCUAUUGAUUCGCUGGUCUCAUCCUCUGGUGUUAUUCCAAUUAGUCCCGCCGCGUCGGAAAGGAUGUAAUGAAGCCUAUUGCUUUCUUGCUAUACUUUGACAGAAAGCACCUCUUUCCUGAUCUCUGAUUGCACUAGCGAUGCAUCAGGGAAUUUGUAUUUUGCGCUUGGCCUCCUGUUGUUUCAUUUUUUUUAAUAAAUUAGACACUGGAUGUCUAUUCUGUAUUUCGGCUAAUUUUAGAUGCAUACUGUAAAUUUGUCUUUUGAUCAAACAGUGAAUAAAUUUGAUGUAGUAUUCGGAGUUC